CAAGCUCAAGCAGUUUCCAGGCCAUCGAGUUCCAUUUGCCGAGCCCCUUGUGUGUUUUUCCUUGCCAUGGCGAUGCCACAGCAUGUGUUCCAUCGACACGCAGGGCCAUGGCAUUUGGUUGAUGUAAAGUCAUCUAUUCCAACUGCGAUGGGAGAGAUCAAGAAACAGCUUGUGCAACAUUCAAAUGUGCUUGCUUUGGAUAUGGAAUGGGUUCCUGACAGAAGCAAGCACCAGAAUAACCCUGUUGCCUUACUACAGCUGGCCAUUGGAGACGCAGUUUGGUUGGUACGCACAUGUGUGCCGAAAUCCUGUUUGGUCGCCACAGCUUUGCCGAGGGAACUUCGAGAGAUCUUAAUGGACCGAUCUGUGACGAAGCUAGUAGUUUCCUUUGACUCAGCAGACGCCCAAAAGCUGCAGACUUCCUUUGGCCUUGCCAACUUGGAAGGCAUUCUGGACAUCUCCAAGCUAGCUCAAAAGCUACAGCUCGCAGGCUGUGGUUUGAAGAAGAUAGCACAACAUUAUGGCCUUCGUAUUGAGAAGGAUCGGGACAUCAGCAUCUCUAACUGGGCCGCAGCAACCUUGUCCGAGCGGCAAGUGCAGUACGCCCGGGACGAUGCUUUCUUCACCUUGCAUCUUGCGACAUCUUUGCUUCGCGACGUCCUCAAAACGACGAGGUCGGUCAAGGUCAACGAUACGGCGACCGAUGCGCCGAAAGUCUUAGAAGCGUUAGAGAGAUCCUGGCAAGUCAUUGAUGGAGCUGUAGGUGUGGAGGACACCGAAGCGCGUGACUUGGCAUUGGAGUGUUUUGUCUCGGAGCUACAUGCAGUGCUGUUGGCCCAUGGCCCUGUGCAAUUCGAAAAGAUGCGAAGGCUCCAGGAUCUUCAAGGAGUGGCCUUCCAGCAGCGGGCCCGCAACUUGCGGUUUCGUCUUAGCAAGGAUUUCAUCAAGGACUACAAAGGUCGUUUCAAGGUGACCAAAUCGGAUGUGGUCGCUGCACGCAGCCCCUUUGAGCUGGCACCCUUCAGCCAAAAGGAAGAGGAGAUCUGUUGGAUGGAUGACGAUGCGCUGGACCGCUGGAAAGAACUCAUGACUGCUGGAAGUGGCUUUAUCCAGGAAUCAGAGUUGACAGGGCGCCUAGGUCUACUGGGACAACAUUUAAGAGGUAUGGAUCGACAAGUUGAAGCGAAGAGGAUUGAUCGAGCUUUGUCUCUAACCAAGCAGCUUCAACCAACAGUGCUGCCGUCCCCCUCAAAAUUACCAGAGGCGACCUUUUCCGAGCAGCGGCACCAGCAGCAUGAUGUGCCACGCACAAUCUUCGCACAAGAACUUCCCCAAAGGUUGGAGAUCCCCCAACUCUGCGAAAAGAUUCGGACAUCCCUGGAGUUGCCACUGGAACGAAUCAAGCUGUUUCGCUCCAAGAAUGGCUACCCAAACCGAGGCUUUGGUUUCCUGGUCUUCCGCAGCGGCGCAGAUGCGCAAGAAGCUUUGCGAAAAGGGAUGCACAUAGAUGGACACUUAGCUGUGCUGCAGCCACACGCACAGCCCCAAGGCUGCUGAAAUCGUGCUGAGGUGUUGUUGGCAAGUCAUCGAUUUGUCAGCAGAAUUCAGCCGACCACUGAAGCAUCCAAUUGCACAGGGACAGGGACAUGUACAGUCGAGCCCUUAAAAUGUCCAUGAAUUUGGAUGUGUCCGGAAAGCAUCAGGUGAUUCUGGGUCCUGGUUGAUUUGUAGCCAUGUCCAAUCCCGUUUGAAAGACUGUGAUCAAGCCGUGAAACGCCAAAA